AUGAUCAGUCUUCGGGUGGAGCAAACAACUCCAAUCUCAUUUCCAGACAGAAGUAUCCUGCAUAGAAGGGGCAUUCCUAUUAAUCCAUCAUGUCCAAUUUGUGCAGCUGAGGAAGAAACUAUAGAACACACCCUCUUUUGGUGCAAUCAUGCUAGGGCGACAUGGUUUGUGAGUGCUAACACUUAUAAGCCUAAUCUAGUUGGCUUUGGUUCCUUCUCGUUGUGGUGGUCAGCUAUUUUGAAUGAAUUUUGUGAGGAUCAACUGGGCUUGUGCUUUAGAGCCAUUUCUUAUUGGAUCAUUUGGAAAGAGAGGAACCUUGCUGUGUUUGAUCAUAUUGACCCGAAUCCCAUAGCAACUGCCAACCGUAUUUCCAAGUCUUUCUUUGAAGCAAAGGGAGAUCCUAUUACUUCCUCCUUGCAUGAUUUUGCUGUAAGUUCAGUGUGUUCUCCUCCACCAGUUGGAACUCUUAAGCUGAAUAGUGAUGUGGCUUGGAGAGAUACUGCUUCUUAUGCAGCCAUUGCUGUUGUCCUUAGAAACCAUGAAAGAAAACUCUUAGAUAGACAUGUAUGUCUUACUCAGGCUUCUUCUCCUCUUGCGGGUGCGGCAAAGGCUCUUCUUCAAGCUAUACAGUUUGCUCAAUCCAUUGGGGCUUUUUCUAUUAUUCUUGAGAUGGAUUGUUCUUCUUUAUUCGAAACAGUGUGUAAUUUGGAGAAUAUUAGAUGGUGGAAGAUUAGAGCUACUUUGUUAUCCAUUAAAUCUCUUCUUCCUCACUUCCACAAUGUGUCUCUUUCCUUGGUCAAAAGAAGUACUAAUAGAGCUGCUGAUUUCUUAGCUAAGUCAUUUUUGUUAGGAAAUUUGUCUUGUGAUUGGUUAGCUUCGAUUCCUAGCAGGCUUAGCUCUAUUUUGUACUUUGAUUCUUCUUCAGUAGUGUAA